UGAAACCACACGCUACAUACGUAAUAUAGAGAAAAGAGAAAGUUGAUUAAGCAUAUUCUUCACCAUUAAUCUCAAUCCUCUUUGUGACAAAAAAAAAAAAUCUCUAUCCUCUUUGUGUCAUCCAACCUCAUAUACUAGUGUUUACUGAUCUCAAUUUCCAGAUCCCCAAGAACACAACUCAACAAAAAGGCUCUCUCUUCUCUUUUCUUUUGUUAGUUCUCUCUCUAUAUAUGUAUAUAUAUAUUCACUAACUCACCCACACACAUUCUCUCGCCUCUCUCUAAAUUCACACAUCAAGAAUCAAGAAUAAUUGACUUUAGGGUUUCAGAUUCUCUCUGAAAUGAAUCCUGAGGAAGAGAAAAGGGAAAAUAAGAAAAAGAGGAGAGAGAUGGGAAGAGGGAAGAUAGAGAUAAAGAAGAUAGAGAAUCGGACAGCGAGGCAAGUGACCUUUUCCAAGAGAAGAAGUGGUGUUAUCAAGAAAGCUCAUGAGCUCUCUGUUCUCUGCGAUGCUCACAUCGGUCUCAUCGUCUUCUCCGCCACUGGAAAGCUCUACCAGCACUGCACCGAACCCCUCACGAUGCCUCAGCUCAUUGACCGAUACUUGCAGACCAACGGAUUGCGACUCCCUGAUCCUAAUGACAACCGGGAGGAAUUCUGUCAUGAGAUAGAAGUACUAAGAAGAGAGACAUGUAAGCUUGAGCUCCGUCAGCGUCUAUACCGUGGACAUGGCCUAGCCUCCAUUCCUCCACACGAGCUCGAUGGACUAGAGCAACAGCUCGAACAUUCUGUGCUUAAAAUUCGUCAGCGUAAGAAUGAGUUGAUGCAACAACAGUUGGAGAAUCUAAGCAGAAAGAGGCGGAUGCUAGAAGAUGAUAACAACAAUAUGUACCGUUGGCUUCAUGGGCAUCGUGCCACGACUGAGUUUCAGCAAGGUGGGAUAGAGACCAAACCAGGGGAAUAUCAACAGUUUCUAGAGCAAGUUCAGUUCUAUAAUGAUCAGCAACAACAACCAAACAGUUUUCUUCAGCUUGCUACUCAUCCGUCCGAGAUUGAUCUCAAUUACCAUCUCCACCUUGCUCAGCCUAAUCUUCAAAACGAUCCAAUGGCCAAUAUCUGAUAAGUCCUCGACCAGAUUUACUCUUUCUUUAUGGAGACAAAUAAAUGAACAAUGAAGUAUCGUUUUCUGUCUUUUAUUACCUAUUUUAAUUAGCCAGUGCCUUUCUUCUUUGUGUAUGUUUGUGUUGACAUGGAACGUUUGUUUGAAUUGAGAAGAAUAAUAUGGUCUUGAUUAUAUGA